GGAGAUCCGCAGCGCAGCCUGGGAAAGAUGAUGCGCAGAAGCCACAAGAAGUCCCGGAACGGAUGUCUCGAAUGCAAGAAACGGCAUAUCAAAUGCGAUGAAACGCGCCCACAUUGCAUAAACUGCACGACAGUCCAGCGGAACUGUCAGUAUUCGACUCCCUGGCCUGUCGCGAAGAGGUCGCCGUCAGAUCGCUCCGCCAGUCCCCAAAUCCUCCCUGCGGGAUCGAUCUCGGCCACAGGGCCGGUGAGGUCCUCACCAGCGCCGCCCUUGGGACCGUUUCCGGAACUGCAUCCCGUCGCCUCAGGGGAGGAAGAGCCACACUCGCGGGUGGACAUGGUCCACAUGGAACUCCUGCACCAUUACAUUACGCACACCUCGCUCUACCCGCUCGUCACGCACGUGUUCAUGAAGGACAUCGUAAUGUCGAUUGGCCUCCGGGAGCCCUACGUCAUGCACGCACUCCUGGCGCUCUCGGCGCACCAUCUCAGCGUCACUCGGCCCGAUCGACACGACUUCUAUCACAACCUGGCCAUCCAGCUGCAGACCCGCGCGCUCUCGCUCUUUAACAGCAUCGACGUCGCCUCGCUCGGCGACUCCGUCCAGGGGCGCGUGCCCAUGUUCAUUUUCUCAUGCGUGCUCGGGUUCCAUGCCCUCUGCGACGCGCUCGCCCACCGGGAUCCUGACUUUGGUUCCGCCAUAGCCCGGUUCCUCGCGUACGUCCGCCUCCACCGCGGCAUACACACCGUUAUGGACGGCUAUUGGGAUGACCUCCGGAACACCGAGCUCCGGGUCAUCUUCGAUGAGAUGGUGCCGAGUCUGUUCCACUUGGACGCCGAAGGGAGGGAGUGCGACGACAUCCGGGACAGGAUCAAAUCGUCGAGUCUGACGGAUGAGGAGAUCGAGGCGGCUCAAAAGGCGAUCGACUUGGCACAGUGGGUGUUCGAUGCCAAGCCGAAUCCUGAAAGCCGGGCGUAUGUCCUUUGUUCUUGGGUCGCGAUGCUGCCCAGGCCAUUUGUUCGGAUACUGGUCGAAGGCCGGCCGGAGGCAUUGGCAGUGCUCGCGUACUACUUUCUGGCGAUGCACUACUGCCGUGAUGUCUGGAUGAUUCGCGGCGCGGGCCAGCACUUGCUGGCCUUGCUUGUUGACCAUUUCCGCGGUGGCGAAUGGUAUGCCUGGGUGGAGAUCCCGUACCGGAUGCUACAGGAGUCCUUGGCACUCGCGCUCCAUCACCCCAUCGCCCGCCCAUCCGACGAAUCGUGGACCGUCCCAAUGGCCCGGGACUUCGUGAUCACCCAGCCGCAAGAGCCCGACGCGGCCCGCAUCGCCGAGAUCCACCUUGCCGCGAUGGACGCGAACCCCUUGCUGCAUGCGCAGUUCCCCACCCCCGAGAGCCUCGCCAGCCUCCGCCGGUUUCUGGCGGCUUACACGGCCGAGCAGAUACGUAAUGACCCUGCCGCCGCCGGGGUCCUGGUCGCGCGAGAUCCCGUGACCGGCGCGAUCGCGGGGUUCGUGAAAUGGGACUCGCCAUCGCAUCCCGAGGAUACCAAGCUCGAGAGCGGCGAUCUGAGGUUCCUGGACGGUUGCCGGCGCGAGUUUCUUGACGGCUAUGCGGCGCUCGCGGCCGAAGCGAAGGCGCGGUGCUUUGGAGACCGGCCUUGCUAUCGCGUGAGCUUCGUCUGCACGGAUCCGGCAUGCCAAGGGCAGGGCGCCGGCUCGCUCCUCACGCGGCAGGUGCUGGACAUGGCGGCCGCGGACGGACUGCCGGUCUACCUGGAGAGCACGGGGGUCGCGGUCCCGAUGUACGAGAAGAUGGGGUUCCGGGCUGUGGAUGGGUUUGAGAUGAGGAUACCGCGGCGCGGGUCGGCCGAGUUAAGCGAGGUCUACCGCGAGACAUGCAUGGUUUGGCAUCCGCCGCCGCCGCCGUCCGGGCAAGGUGGUAGGUCGGGUUAG